AAUUUUCAAUCAUAACGAACUCCCCAUCGACAUAAUUCAACCAGACUUUUUCGAGGGCAUGAAGGCAUUAAAGGUACUAAUAAUCAACAACAACCAAGUAAAACAAAUAAAUCCUCAAAACCAGACUUGGACAGUUGACUUAUCGGAGUUAGACUUAUCCGGUAAUAUGAUUACAAACAUAUCUGCAUCUGUAUUUCGGGGUUUAGGAAAUUUAACUUUCUUAAACAUGAGCUAUAACAGACUACUUGGUGUCUUUGAGCUGACGGCCUUUUCGGGACUUGACAAUAUUCAAACCAUUGAUUUGUCCGGAUGUCAAUUAUAUACAAAUUUGGAAUUGAACACCCCAAUAUUAAGAUCACUUUUCCUUAACUCUAUUAAUCCGUUAGAGAUCGGGGUUCAUAUCGGACCAGCCUCGUUUAAACAUUUACAUUCUCUUGUUAAGUUAGACAUGAAAUACGCUGGGCUUGACAUUACGAAUAACAUAUGGAAUGGAAACGUGUCUCUUUUCGAUGGAUUAUUGGGUCUUAAUCAUUUGGAUUUGAGUAGAAACCUUUUCCCGAGUUUUUUACCGCCAGGGAUAUUCCGGCAACUCUCUGUUUUACAAGAGCUAAAUCUAGAAUAUUGCCAAAUUGGAAAUCUACAUCCUCUUGUCUUCUCGGGGUUGGAAUCGCUUCAGAAGUUGAGUUUGAAAGGAAACAACAUCCAGCAUAUUCAUGAUGAUGUAUUGUCGGGGUUGGGUCAAGUAAACAUUAUCGACUUUGAAGGAAACCAGAUCAUAUACUUGGAUGAGCUAAUGUUCUCAAAUAACCGGAAUCUCACAAAUCUUUCUUUGGCCGACAACAAAUUAACGCGCUUUAAUCAAAAGACAUUCAAGCCGAUUUUUUCCUCCAUUUCUUCACUUGAUCUAUCAAUGAACCCAUUUGAUUGUAACUGUGAUCUAAAGUGGCUUAUUGAUUGGAUAAAUAAACCUAUACACCUGAUAGACAAGGACAAAACUAUUUGUUCGUCAGAAUCUCUGGAGCCUUUUCGUGAGAAACCCCUGCUUGAUGUUGAUCCAAAUGAACUCUGUAUAAUAAAUGGUCUAUUGUUUCUGAUUCCCCUUGCCUCCAUUGGCUUGGUUGUAACCAGCGUGCUGUUGUAUCACUUCCGAUGGCAGUUGAGGUACAAACUCUUUCUCUUAAAACUGGCCGCAGUGGGCUAUAAAGAGAUGCGAGACGCUCGAGACCACAAUGACUACGAGUUUGACGUGAACAUCAUUUUCUACGACGAUGGCGAAGAUGACGAAGAAUGGAUUCGCGAACAGCUCCGACCGGCUCUCGGAGAACGGCUACCACAGUUUCAGAGGAACGUCUUCGGUGACGAAGACCUCGUAUUGGGUAUGCAUUAUUUAGAUUCCGUUGAUUACGUGGUGAGCCACAGUUACAAGACCAUCAUAGUGCUUAGCAGAGCUGCUGUGCAAGACCGCUGGUUCUUACUCAAGUUCCGGACGGCCAUGGACCACGUGAGUGACACUUUGACUGAAUUUGUAAUCGUGGUCUUCCUCGAAGACAUCCCAGAUGACGAAAUGCCAUUCUUGGCGAGGUUGUAUCUUAAUGAUGGCAGACCCUAUAUCCACUGGACUGAGGACGCAAGAGGACAAGAAUGUUUCUGGAAUGAAUUGACCAAAAAUCUGACCAUUAAUCUAAGGACAAAUGACUUGAUCCCAAACGAGUAGCAUAACAGUCAUGUAGGAACCUAGAGAA